AUGUCAUCGACAGCUGGGAAGCAAAGUAACAACACUGGACAGGACGAUGAGGGUGAAGAAGAGGAUGACGAAGUCGGGGACCUGGUGUCUGCCAUCAAUUACAACACCAUUAAUUAUAACACCAUAUCAUCUAUGGCAGUGCUCAAAGAAAUACUUGGAGCUCAAGAUAGUCCUGAAGACGCCGAUUGGUUUCAACAUUAUUUCUUGCGUCACGUUAAUCGUUUACCAUCACGAAGUCAUCAGUUUGUCGGUAGACGUCUUUCAGAAUGUAAAGAAGAAGAUGAACAUCUUGAAAAUAAUUUAAAAUCACUAGUAACAGACGACCAACUGAGUAGUGCUAACAUAAGUGCUAAAUCAACACCUCCAAUAUCACCACUAUCACAUCAUAGAGAUAAACAUUUUUUUGACGUUAAUUUGGUAGAAAUGAAGUCUCAGGCAUCUUCGACAUCCACUUUAGAUUAUGAUUCAAUGGAUGAAGUAUGGAUUAAACGUUACGAUGCAGAUACAUCAAAACGUCGAGUGGAACUUGGAUCACAACCUUUACCAACUACAGCAGAUGAUUCAGAUGGUCAGUGUGUAUCAAUCAAUCGUCCGAGAUCUGGUACCUGGAGUAAAGGAGGUUCUGCUCCUGUACUGCUGCCUGCAGUGGUCCCUGCUCUGGUUAAAACUAAAAAAGGAUCAGUUGGUGUGGAAAGACGUCAAUCUGGAGAUGAUAUUUUAGCUAAAGGUACUCCAAAAAUACAACCAUCAAAAAGUAAAACUCAACAAUUGCAAUCACAACAAGUCCAGCAAUCUCAAACUACCCAAAAGAAGAUGUCACCAAAACCUCGUUCUGGACAAUCUCCUUCACAUACUCGCAAAACAAAUACUCUUUUAGAAGCUUUUAGACCUAGAUCAAAAUCUGAUGCAGCAUCUAAAAAGAACAACACAAUCAUAUUACAAAUGAAAAACUCUAUUCAACAAACUCUUAAAUCACCUGGUUCAAGUGCUCGAAAUAGUAUUAGUGGAUCAAAUAUAUCUAGUGAUACUGUUGAAUUCAAUAAUUUGGUACCACCUCCAACUCGAAAUCGUUAUAAGCAAACUGCAGUAGCUGCUAGACCACGGGCUGGAUCAGAUAGUGGUAGUACUAAAGGAGCUGUUUCUAAAAUGAUGGAUUUAUUUAGACAUAGAUCUCAAAGUGCUGUUUCUGCGGAAGACAAACGUAAAGCUAGAGCAGCCAAUAUUCCACAUACAAAUUUUGCACAAGAAAAAUUUGCUGCGCAAAGUAGCCACCUGGCCACUAUGCAGCAUAUGCUGUCCUUUAGAGUGGCCACGCUCGAAAUGACUUAA